AAGACGGGCUAUAAACAAUGAGAACGGUGCAUUGCUGUGAUCGGUACUCUCUUGUAGAGAAAAACGUGUUUCCAGUCAUUCGACAGAGUUUAGAGAGAGUCUGGACAGAUGAAUGCCGAUAAUUCUUCCUAUAUUUUGCUAAAAGUUUUAAACAGAGAGCAUGCCAACGUUAGCUAGUUUGUUUAAAAUUAGCUUGCUCAUUGGCGGUCAUCAGAUAAGAGCAACAUCUCCAAAUUUUUGCCCUUCAAAUUCCACAAGGUACCGCAUAUUUUCUUAUUACAAUAUAAAGUAGAGCAUCUGCGGCUUUGCAUUUGGUCCCGGUAAAAAUAAAGGGAAUUAAAUCGAUAGCAAAUUUGCCCGGAGCGUGUGGUUUCCAUAGAAACGACCCGACUGUUCAAUGAAUUUGAAGGGCAAGAAUACACAGCUAGACCUGUGGAUGCUGCUGAAUUAUGCAUGUAUCUCUUUUCUGACCAUUUACAAUCUAAAAAAUAAUUAUAAGCACCUAACGUCUAUAGAUGCUUAUUUAAAAAAAUGUGCACAUAAAAUAAGCCUUUUCUAUGCUUUACCCAUACAGGAGUUUAUCGUUCACUGUUGCUGGACUUCAUAGCACACCGUCAUGGUGCUGAAGAUUUUCUUUCCCCAGUGCUGCAACACUGCUGACAGCGGCCUGCUGGUUGGGCGCUGGAUCCCAGGUCACAAUGCUGCUGUGUUACUGGCUGUCAUUCACUACCCGUUCAUACCUGGUCAGGUGAAGAAAUACUUGAGUGAGAUGCAGAGCCAGACGCAAAUGGAUCUUACUGUCCUGGGUUCCUGGAGUAUGCCCAAAGAAGGACAAGAAGGAAUGGACAGCUUUCUCAAGGACCUGAGUACCAUCUUUCCUCAGAAAUGCUGGCUGCAGUUGAGUCGUGAGAUUGGAAAAAGGGGUUUUACUUGCCAGGUGGUCCAAAACAAUGGGGAACCUCUAAAAGACCAAGAACGAAAGGAUGGUGACAGCAGCAGUGAGAAAGAUAAGAUCAUCCUCAUUCAUUACGAUCAGAGGAAGGUUAUGCUGUCCCAGCUCCACCCAAUACAGGAGGUUGGCCAGAAGUCUGACGUUGAGCCCUCCGAGUUGCUUUUGGUCUUUCAGACAGUAGCUCAGAGUCAGUCUCUCUUUUUCCUGGACAAAUAUGAUGAUGGGCCUCUCAAGCUCACCCACUGGCAGUCUGAAGGCAGGGAAGCUAGUAUUAUUGUAGAGCUUCUAAAACAGGUCUCUGUACCAGUCUGUAUCCUUCUAACCUAUUUACUUUCUUUGUGGAACUGGUUUUGUAGCUUCAGGAUUUUAAAUUUACACCCAGUGUUGUUAAUCUCAAGCAAACUGUCUACCUGUGUUCAGUCAGGAUACAGGGCAGGACAUUUCAAGACUGUUUUCUCUACGAAAAAAGCUACGACACACAUGGAUUUCAUGAGAAAAGCAAACGUUUUUGUGUCCUUUCUUGUGGACAUAGCCCUUGGUUUGCUGCUUAUCUCGUGGCUCUACAGGGAGAAUCGCAUUGGCAAGCUAGCGAAUACUGUAGCGCCAGUGGCUGAUCAUGUAGCAAAGGAGCUGCAGGAGCUGUUACAAUGGCUGAUGGGAGCUCCUGCUGGUCUGAAGAUGAACAGAUCUCUCGACCAAGUGCUGGGGAGAUUCUUUCUCUACCACAUUCAUCUGUGGAUCAGUUACAUCCACUUGAUGUCUCCUUUCAUUGAGAGGAUACUGUGGUAUGUAGGCCUCUCAGCCUGCUUGGGAUUGACAUUUGCUCUCUCCAUAGUGUCUGACAUUGUGGCUCUUCUGACUUUCCACAUCUACUGUUUUUAUGUGUAUGGUGCCAGAUUGUAUUGCCUAAAGAUCUGUGGCCUCUCCUCCCUGUGGCGGCUCUUCAGAGGAAAGAAAUGGAACGUACUAAGGCAGAGGGUUGACUCGUGUUCAUACGACCUGGACCAGUUGUUCAUUGGCACGUUGCUCUUUACGAUUCUGCUGUUCCUGCUGCCUACCACCGCACUGUAUUACCUAGUCUUUACGCUGCUGCGGCUGGUGGUGGUGCUGUUCCAGGGAGUGAUUCAUCUAAGUGUUGACUUCAUCAACUCCUUUCCCCUGUUUGCCAUCGGCCUACGUUUCUGUAGACCAUACAGAUUGGCAGAGGGAGUUAAAUUCAAGGUGCUUUGUCAGGAGUCUGGAACUCCUCUUCACCUGAUGAUGGAGAUCAACCCAUUGAAGUGCAGCUCCGUGCUGCAGUGUUACUGGGCACCUACCUCUAGCUGUUACCCUAAAGAUUCCUGGGCUGCUCUGUGCAAGAAACUGUUUGUAGGUGAACUAAUUUACCCUUGGAGGCAAAAGACUGCCAAGACAGAUUAACCUUGUGGGAUCAUGCAAGAACCCUAAACAAAAAAGCACAACCAGACACAAGAAUAAGAAGAGAGGACACUGGGUGUUUUUUUUAAUAAGGUGGGAGAUACUGUAUGAAAUGAGAUUUUUUUUUGUUGGACUUCUCCCAUGGUUAGAUGUAUUAAGAUGCACUGAAUUUAAAGACUUUAAAUUUAAAUCUUUAAAGAUUUUUUAGUAAUAAUAGCAGAAAUACUGUAAUCCCACAUUGUUGUUGUAAACCAAAUCUCUCCUUUUCUAAAGGUUGAUCAGAAUCUUAGAUUUAAACUGUGAUUACUUUGUAUUUAUUAGAGAAUAGAUCUAGCUACUUUUGUAUAACAUUAAAGAUGUGUCAUUAAAAAAAUAAAUGUAUUAAUUGUACCUUUGACAGUUAAAGCAAUCAACCAUAAAUUCAAACCAGUGAGGAUCAUUUGGUCAAAUAAUCCUCAUUGGUUUGGAAUUGGUUGUCUGAAAAUGAAACUGCUGACCUUUACUUGGUUUUUCAUUGUGUCCCACAAGGGCUCUUGUCAGCCGACUGUAUUUGUCCUGUCCUGGGCCAAGAGAAAGGUAAUGACUGGUAGAAGUUUGAACUCGGGUGUUGGUGAGAGUGGGGCCAUAUAUUUCAGAUAUUAAAGUGUCUAAUCUAGUAAAUGCAGAAAUGUUUAUGAAAUUAGUCAUUUUAAUGUUGCCAAAUUGUUUUAUAGCUGUGGUUAUUAUAUUUUAUAAAUAUAUCUAAUAAAAUAAUGAUUUGUAAAAAUUCAGAAGAACAUGAUAAAAAUAUACAUUUGUGCUAUUAAUUGUCAAGCCCUUAAUUUCACCCAAUAAAGUCUCUAAUUUCAUGAAAUCCCAUUUUAUCUAGUUAAUAUCAUUCUUAUAUGAUUCAUGUUUGUACAAUAAACAACUGCUAUUUAAAGUUUACCCACAUUUAGCAAAGUGUUCGAGGAACUAGGCUGGGGUCCUUUGUUUGGUAGUAUUCAGCCUGUGAAGAAUGUGGUCAGACGGGACUGUGCACGUUGAUGACUGCUGUGGCACCUGAUUCAGUGACGCAUGAAAAACCUCCAAGCUGGGGAUUCACCUUCAUGUUGGUUGAAAGGGCAGAUGUCUGCAAAAUGGCCAUGUGUACAUCUGACACAAAGAUGUGUAGUUGAAAAUCUAAAUAUCUACAUGUAUCCCUGAUGCAGGUUGAUACCUACUGUAUAGUACAUCUAUAUAGUAUUGCCAUUCCUAUAUCUAAGUAACGUGAUCUUACAUGGAAUACUGAGGCAAAUUUGAGAUUUUGUAAUGGAAUGUAUAUGUUUUAUUAUUUUUUUAUAAUAAUUUGUUGGAAUUUUAUGAAAUUCAAAUGCGUAAAUCAUAAAAGUAGGCUAAAAUGUUUGAGUGUACAUCUCAUUCCAAUACAAAUUCUCAUUUGCCAUGCCAAAUUUAACAAAAGCAAAUGUAAAUAUAUAUAUAUAUAUAUAUAUAUUUACAUUUGCUUUUGUCAAAGAUUACUUAAUUCAAUUUGAUGGAAUUGUGUUAUCAAAAUGAAAUGCGUAAAUCUUAAAGUGGUCAUGACAUGCCUUUUUUUAUUAUUAUUUUAAUGUGUUCCUUGAGGUUCACUUAUAAUAUUAGUUUAGUUUUUUUAUUACAAAAACAGUUAUAUAUUUGUAAAACAUGAUCGUUUUCCACCCUCAUUCUGACUCACCCUGUCAGAAAUGCUCGGAUUUGGUGCUGCUUCUCCUUUAAGACUUGACAGUAAACACCCAUCGUUAUGAUUGUCUCUCUCCUCUUGCCAUCUCACUGCUCACCGCUACUAUAAAUGCAACAUUCAUUCAUUCAUUCAUACUGGCUGCCAGUGGGUGGGGUCUAUGGAAGUGAUAAAGUAGGGAAGUAGGCAUUGAUUUGAUGUUGUGGAGGCGGUCAGAUGCAAAUAGCUGUGUUUGACUUGAGCUGCACCUCAACUUACCGAUCUGCUAGAUUUGCCGAUUGCGGUCGGGGGUGAAGUUGAAAAGAGAGCCGUAAAGCCGGACACUUUCUGUGCUUUUUGUUAUGAGCUGAACCUACAUCAGUCAUGGCAGAUAACGCAGUGAUGUUUCUUUUCUUUAUUGCAGAUGAUUGUGGAAUUCAGAUAGACAGAGGUUUGAAUUUUACAUAUAAGAAUCAGGAACAGUAUUAAUUUGAAAAUGUUAUGUGCUGUUUAAUACAGUGCUAUGUGUACAAGAAAGUCCAAUAAAAGCCUUUAUUGGUUUUACCUAUAAAGUAGUCAGUAUUUUUAUUCAUUUAAAAAUGUAUGAAUAAACAUAUUACUACAAUAAACAUAAUAUAAACAUGAUGUACUGUUAUAAGACCACGGAUUUGUGACAGUUUAGUGGAACAGAAGGUUUCAUAAUAAACAUCUUGGAAAUGGCAUACUACCAUACUACUCUUACUGUUUCUGCCAUAAGACCCGGGUAUACUACGUUUUGUGUGUUCCGGAUCGGCACACACCAGUUCGACCACAUUGCCUUUCAAAGUAUACUCUUCUAAGUGUGAGCAAAUACGAACUCAUUCGAUGCAUGCCCAAAACAACUGCUUUGUGAUACUCUUUUAGUAAAGCCAAUGGCAGGUGUAUGGCGUCUUAAGUCGGACAAAAUUUCUAACUGACAUUCUCUGCUUCAAGUAUGGUGUCAAUCGGUCUGCACAGCCUGCAUGAAGUCAAACACACCUGUAAAGGUCUACCUCAGUGUGACAUCACAAUGUGGACGAAGUAGAGAAUGAGUUAUUUUGGCAGCUUGGUUUCACCAAAUGCUCUUUUGCAGUGAGGAGAAAGUUUUGAGUUCUGAAACUUACAGUAUGUUUUUGUAGUACAAUGACCUUUUAUAUGUAAAAAGAUCAAGGAAAAUUUGAUUCCUCAUGUCAUGACCCCUUUAAAAUGUUUUUUUUUGAGUGUAUAUUGUAUUGUUACUUCUUGGAUUAGUAUGCUGUAUUUUAUAGUUUAUAGUAAUAUAUUAAAGUAAUUUAGUCCAAGCCCCUCACAAUGGAAAUGGAUAUAAUUAAAAAAAAAAAAAAAAAAAAAAAAAAA